CUUUGCACUUAUCUCCAUCGCAGUUCGCAUCAGUUCAACACACUUGCACAGCCACACGUAUCACCCGUAGAUCGAUCACUGUUCGUACCACCCCAAUGGAGUACCAGGGGCAGCACGGCCACGCCACCGACAAGGUGGAGGAGUACGGCCAGCCCGUGGCCGGGCACGGCGGUUUCACCGGCGGGCCCACGGGGACGCACGGCGCCGCCGGCACCGGCGCGCAGCUCCAGGCGACGCGGGACGACCACAAGACCGACGGCGUCCUGCGCCGCUCCGGCAGCUCCAGCUCCAGCUCAUCUGAGGACGACGGCGUGGGCGGCAGGAGGAAGAAGGGGAUGAAGGAGAAGAUCAAGGAGAAGCUCCCCGGCGGAGCCCACAAGGACGCCACCGCCGGGCAGCAGCACACGGCGGUGGCGGGCGAGUACGCGGGAACGCACAGCACCGAGGCCACCGGCGAGAAGAAGGGCGUCAUGGACAAGAUCAAGGAGAAGCUUCCCGGCGGACAGCACUGAGCCAGCUAUGCGUGUCUUCUCUAUGUUCCGUCAAAGCUCGGCUAGCAUCUGCAGCCAUGCCGUUACUACGGAUAGAUAAUGGACUCUGUCACUCUGAUAUACCUUGUGUGCAUGAGCGAGCCCGUGUGUGUUCGUAUGGUAGGGCGGAGCCAGGAUUUGGAUAUAGGGGGCCAAGCCUAGUUGACAAAAAAAAUAUAGCGCAAAAAAAAUUCUUAUAGUCUCUACUCUAAUGUCUCAGUUGGUAGGUCGCGUUUUGGGUUUAUUUUUGUCACAUCUCA